GCUAGCAUGCUUUCCAACAUGAUAGUGGUUAGUAGUGAAGCAGGAUUGGAUUUGUUGUUCUUAGAACAGGGAGCCGGAAUUGAUACACAGAUCAGUAGCAACCUUGUUGCAGUGGCUGCCGCGUGAAUUCUUUAGAGACAUAUGAAGAAAACAGAAAGAAACUGAAAUGGCAUGAAUAAAUUAAUCCAGCCAGAUUCCCUAUGGCUUCUUCAGGAGACCUUAUUGUUUGGAUUAAGGAGUUCAACCAGCACUGGAGAAAACACUCUGCCUUAUCCACAUUGAUCAUCUCUGAAGAGUUGCAGACCCACUGAGUACUAAAGCAAACCUUUCUUCUAUGUGAGCCAUAAAAAGAAAGCCUGACAAACACCUGUAAAGUGACGGCUAUCAUCAUAUGGAAAUUAGAAAAACUGCUACAUGAAAUAUUAAUAAUUGAAAUGGGAGACAAUCAGCUGUUGUGAUGUCCGAGAAGGCCUUAUAACAGAGUAAACAAAAGGGGAAAAUUAUAACAGCUUGUUAUCUGUGCUUGCACAUUUAGACUUCCAUGUCAUUACUGUAGACAAAUCCAAAGCAAACAUGCAGAUAGUUCUUUGAAAAUCAUGUGUAGAGGUUCAUACCUUUACAGUAAGGAGGAGGUUAUUUUAUUGUCAGUCUCUUUAACCCAUUGAUGGUUAAUCUUUAAAAAAGAGCAGUAGUUGAUUGUAAAUUUAGGUUUUGAACUACCAUUUGGCAAAUAAACUUUCUCUGAGAAGAAAAAUGCCUGCUAAUAACACAUGUGAUGGGACAGAUGGAUACAAUACAGAUUUUCGAUACUUUAUCUAUGCAGUGACAUACACUGUCAUUCUUGUGCCAGGUCUCAUAGGAAACAUAUUAGCCUUGUGGAUAUUUUAUGGCUAUAUGAAAGAAACCAAACGAGCAGUGAUAUUCAUGAUAAACUUAGCCAUUGCUGACUUACUACAAGUUCUCUCCCUGCCACUGAGGAUCUUUUAUUACUUGAAUCAUGACUGGCCUUUUGGGCCUGGUCUCUGCAUGUUCUGUUUCUACCUGAAGUAUGUCAACAUGUAUGCAAGCAUCUAUUUUUUGGUCUGCAUCAGUGUGCGACGAUUCUGGUUUCUCAUGUACCCCUUUCGCUUCCAUGACUGCAAACAGAAAUAUGACCUAUACAUAAGCAUUGCUGGAUGGCUGAUCAUCUGCCUUGCCUGUCUGCUCUUUCCUCUCCUGAGAAUAAGUGAUGACACCCCAGGCAACAGAACCAAAUGCUUUGUAGAUCUUCCUACCAGGGAUGUCAGUCUGGCCCAGUCUGUUGCCAUGAUGACCAUUGGCGAGUUGAUUGGGUUUGUUACUCCUCUUCUGAUUGUCCUAUAUUGCACCUGGAAGGCUGUUUUAUCACUGCAAGAUAAAUAUCCUGUGGCCCAAGACCUUGGAGAAAAAAAGAAAGCCUUGAAGAUGAUUCUAACCUGUGCAGGAGUGUUUUUAAUUUGCUUUGCACCUUAUCACUUCAGUUUUCCUUUAGAUUUCUUGGUCAAGUCCAAUGAAAUUAAAAGCUGCUUAGCCAGAAGGGUGAUUCUGAUAUUUCAUUCUGUUGCCCUGUGUCUUGCUAGUCUGAAUUCUUGCCUUGACCCAAUCAUAUAUUACUUCACCACUAAUGAGUUCAGAAGACGGCUUUCAAGACAAGAUUUGCAAGAUAGCAUCCAACUCCAUGUGAAAUCCUCUGUGAGCAAACAUACUACUUCUACCCUGACAACUGAAUUAUGCUAAAUGAAUGUGGCCUGAAAUGAAUAUAUAUAUAUUCAGAAUAUCAGAACACAUUUCUAAUACUCCAAGCUACUGGGAAGUAAUCACCAGAGGCACUAAGAACUUUUUAGUUAUACUCUGUCUUACCUAUAUGAGAAAUUCACAUCUUUAUAACAGAACCUAUUUAGAGCAUUAUACUCUACCAUCAUUAAUGUUGACAUGUCCAUGUAGUAAUUUGUCACCAAGUCUUUAAGAAUUGAACUAUAAUAUUUCAGUGACAACUUAUACACAUAUGCUCUCAACUAGAGUCAGCAGGUUUAUCUAUGAAACUCAAACACAAAGAGGUGAUUACCUUGGUGUCAUCAUACGCACUUAGUUUGGACACUGAGUACUUAGAGUCAGUGUAGUUAUCUACAGGGUGUCCCAAAAAUGUAUAUAUACUUUGACAGCUAAUCUGUCUUUAAAAUGAAAUGCAUUUUAAUAAACACUGCCUUUAUAAUUAUUCACAGUGAAUGUAUACAUUUAUGGGAUACCCUAUAUUUAUACUGGUAAUUUCAGUUUAUAGUUUAUAUUCUAAUAUUGUAUUUUGGUUAUAUAUUAAGUAUGAUGGACCAUAUAUUAUUCUGUGAAAAUAAAGUGCUAUAAACAUGGGAUCAUUUCUAUCUCCUGUGUAUGAUUACACUCUAGCAUUUGAAGACUCAAAUAGCUAUUUCCUUCAUUUUGGUGUCAAUAUGAAACAUCAUCUGUCACACUUGUUCAUAGAAUGAAAAUCUGAACUUGGGUCUUUGGUAUGUUAAAAGUAAGGACAAGAAACAUUCAAAUAAAAUAACUUUCUAUUACUAUAUAAGCUUCCAUAUUGAAUCUACUCAGGGAAGAUAGC